AAAGGGCAUCCGCCUUCACCAUCCAAAGCUCUGGGUGCUUCAGACAUACGGUUAAAAACACAGGAGAUGCAAAGUAAAAACCAACCCAAAGCAGCAGCAUUUGUUCCACUUAACGUAUGUCAUCUGAUCCUCAGUCCUGUGAUCAAUGCAGCAUAAACCUUCCUUUACACCCUGGGCUUGUCUACAUGGGGGAAAAGCCCAGAGUAGCUACUAUGCACUAGCUAGUGUUCACUAGCUACUCUGUGCUAACUCUGUGUGGAUGCUCUACCUGCCUGCUAACAGUGCUGCAAGUAAUUUUUGUUUUUACUGCUGCCUUGGGCCAGGCCACGUUACUGUGAGCUUGCCCCUGAACCCCAAGCCCUUGCUGAAUGGGCUGACGGGGAAGCCGGUGAUGGUGAAGCUGAAGUGGGGGGUGGAGUACAAGGGCUAUCUGGUGUCUGUCGACGGCUACAUGAACAUGCAGCUUGCAAACACAGAAGAAUACAUAGAUGGUGCAUUGUCAGGACACCUUGAUGAAGUUUUGAUAAGAUGUAACAACAUCCUGUACAUCAGAGGAGUAGAAGAAGAAGAUGGAGAAAUGAAAGAAUAAGUUUGUAUAUUUCUGGAAAAUAAAGAUCAGUUUUUCACAAAAAAAAACAAACCCCCAAAAAACCCAGUGCCCUCAGCAUGCCCAAAGUUAAGCUAAUGCACAGAAAGGCACUCUGAGUCAAAGGAAGCUGCAGCAUGUGUACACAUACCUGAGCUAGCUUUGAUCUAGCUAGCUCCAGUAACACCCACAAAAGCACAGGUGGCAGCAUGGGUUCUGAAAGCCCAUCCAGGACUCUGGAUAUGUAUUCGAGUGACUAGCCCAAGCUGCACCCUGUUCUGCCAUGACUUCACUGCUAUUGUUUUUGGAGCUAGCUAGAUAUCUACCUCUGCAGUGUAGACAUGCCCGUAGACUCAGGCCAAUUAUGCUUAGCAUAACCAAUAUGGCAUGAGGUUAUUUCAACCCUAGGUGAACUACUGGAGUCCCAGAGUUCAGGCUGACCUUGGAUGUUCCUGCUUUCAUGUUCUGUGUGAGCAAGAGUGUGGGAAAGGGAGCACCAAGGGGAAGUGAGAGAGACAAUCCGGUGGGAAAAAAUAAUGAGUAAAGCUGGGGAAGGAGCCUAGAUACAGAGAGCAAACUCUCCCUUUCCCCUGGUCCUUCGGGCUGAGGUACAUGAGGCUUGUGGAGGGGGGCAGCCUCAUUUUCAUGCUGUCCUUCUUGGAACUCUUCCAUGGUUCCCGGUCUCCAGGGCUGUCUUUCAGCCACACAUUAUUAAAAUAAAGACAUGUAGCAGCACUGACCUCCAACCAGUGCUUUCACUGAAGGAAUUAAUAGGGUAGGGUGACCAGAUGUCCCGAUUUUAUAGGGACAGGCCUGAUAUCUGGGGCUUUGUCUUAUAUAGGUGCCUAUUACCCCCCCAACCCUGUCCCAAUUUUUCACCCUUGUUAUCUGAUAACAGGCACACCCUUCCUUUGGCCAAUAUGUAUUUAUAUCCCUUUUAUAGGUUGUGAGAACCCAGUCAGUAUUACUUUAAAAAAACCCAGCCUAUUUUUGCUUAUAGUGUGUGGUACAGUAAUAUAGGAAGCGUUCAUGCUUCUCCGAGCAGGUGGUGUGAGGCAGGGUCUGCCCCUUUUGCUAGCUUCAGUGUUAUCGCUACCAUCGUCCCCUCCUAGUAGCUGAACAAAGCUCUCAUGCUUCCUCCCAGCUCUGAUGACAAACCACAAUGGCUUUCUUUGAAGUAGGCAGAUGGCGAGGUCAGGAAAUAACACUGCUUGCACUGCGGGUGUCGUCAUGGAACCCUGUGGAACCGAGAACUUGUCAAAACAUUUUCUUGAACAUAAAGACUAUGGGUCUGAUUUUCUUCCUGUUUACACCAGUUUCACAUCGUGGCAAUGCCACUGAAUUCAGGGCAGUGAUGUCCCCUUGUUUAUACUGGUGUUGCUGAGAGGAGAGUCAGACCCAAUAGACCUGAAUCAAAGCCCAUCAAAGUCACUGGAAAGACUCCCAUUGACUCUAAUGGACUUUGGAUCAGGACCCAUGUUCUAAACAUCUGAGUGGGGUUUUAAGCUCUUCACUUCUCCUUUUUCUCCCAAUCUCUUAUGCCUCCUCUUCUUGAAACAGCCUCCCACUUUCCAUGUAUCAGGCACCCCCCUUCUGAAAACCCUCCAUGAAACUUUCCAACAUUUUCCCUUGUACCCUCUCACACGUGAACCACUGUCCCAUAUUUUGUAUUUGUCUAUGUUUGGUUGGAACCUUGUUAUGGCAAAGGCCCUGUCUAAUGUCUUCAGCAAAGUGCAAUGUGUUUAUUCACCGCUCUGCGUAAGGAGAAUGCUUAAGCAGCUGAUUUGCUGAAACCACCUGCUUUUCACGCUGACCAGUUUUGUCUCGUAGUUACUUUGUUCCGCUAUCUGUCUCCACCUUCUUGUGUCUCUUCUUAUACUCAGACCGUAAGCUCUUUGAGGGACCCAUCACUGUGGUCCUUAGGAGUACUGUCAUAGAAAUAAUAGUUAAUGUAUAAAACUUUUAAUAGUUCACAAAUAAGGCAGCAUGAGAACAGGUUGGUUAUAGAAGUACAAGGAUCUGGCACUAACCAAAGGACUCAGCCUUGUUUGUGUGUUGUGCUAUUUUUUAUUAAUUUCUCCCAUGGCUUUUCAAAGUCUCAGAAGCCUCACAGAAACCAGCAACCAGGGCCCCAGAUGCUGCAGUGAGCAUGAAGUAAUUCGAAGUGUCUCAAACACAAGGUCUUUUUGCUCUAAACUUGCUGCCGCCCCAGCUACCCUUCACUGAGAUGAGACAGGAGCUUGUGUCAAUAGAUUGCUGGCUGGUGAGGUAUGUUUUUCUGUACCAGAUGCUGUGGAAUGAGGAAGGUCAGUAUCCCUACCAGAUCUUUCGGUUCUGUGGAUGCAGGAUUCUACUGAUAGCGGGUGUGAAGCUGUUUGUUCCCUCUGCUUUAACCCACCUCCAUAUCUGAGACAGCCACUGGAGUUCAACUGACAGUGAGUGCCGGUGGCCUGUUACCCUGAUGAUCUCAGAAGGGAGACAUGAAGGUCCAACCAGAGGGGAUCCUGGCACCUAGAAGUCAGGAUGGCAAGAGAUAAGGGUUUAAUCUGGGUCAGAUUUUCUUCCUCGAACCAGCUCCUUUGCAUUGUGUAAGGGGCAUAAAGAAGCCAGAACUGGGCCAGAUGAGAACCCCCUUCGUGAAAAGUCAGGCACCUCCAUUUCCUGUGCCAGUAAUCACCCAUCCCUGGCAUAGGGGAAGUGCUGGGGACAGGAGAGGAUGGGCAGCUGAGCACGGUUGUGUUCUGCCAAUUCUCAGUUGGUGUACGGUUCCUUGAGGACCAUAGCCAGCUGGUUUUGAGUUAUGUUAGUGCAGCCCCUGGAAGGGACAUAGAAGGGCUUGAUCUGAGCGUUCUUGGUACCUAGAAGACAGGCCAGCAAGAUAUAAGAGUUAGAUGCCAAUCUUCCUAAUCCCCCUGUGCUGCUGUAAUUUACACUGAGAUCUUGACUGGCUCCCAGACAACCUGCAUCCUUACUCCGCUAUAAUGAGCAGAUCCCAGCACAGGAGAGAAUCUAGCCCUAACUGUAUGUGUUACAAUAUGGUAUAAAUGUACCUGAUAUCUCCAGA